UCAUCUUGCUCUGUUUUUCUCUCUCAUUGUGGAGGGUCAAAAUCAAAUAGUUUCCACAUCAAAGCCAUAAUCAUCACGCCUCGUUCACCCUCACUUCUCCACGCUUUCCUUUCUCCUCCCUAAAUGUCCAUUCACCACUCCCAUUAAACAAAAGCAACUCUUUCAUGUCAUGGAACCAACCCAAAGGUCCCCUUCCUCAACUCUUCACAGAAACCCUUCGGUCUUCUUUUCAAACCCAAAUGAAUACCAACAAUUCGAACCCAUGUUCGAAAAGCCCUUAACCCCCAGCGACGUCGGCAAGCUGAACCGCCUCGUUAUUCCGAAGCAACACGCGGAGAAGCACUUCCCCUUGGCCGGCGGUGACUCACUCGAUAAAGGCUUGUUGCUGAGUUUCGAGGACGAGUCGGGCAAGCGUUGGUGUUUCCGUUACUCGUAUUGGAACAGUAGCCAAAGCUACGUGUUGACCAAAGGGUGGAGCAGAUACGUCAAGGAGAACAAACUCGAUGCCGGUGACGUUGUUUUAUUCCAACGACACCGUUUUGAUGCCGAGCGAUUGUGUAUAGGGUGGAGGAGGCGCGGUGCAGCGGCGGAUGGGGGGAACGCCGCGAUGGGAAAUAACGGCGGCCACGGCAAUGAACGGGGUUUGUGUGAAAGGGGUCCUUAUCUUGGGCUUAUUCCAGGGCAAUGCCAUGGGGCUAACGUCUCAUAUCAACAUGAUUGUCUGCAUGCAGGAAGCAUGGCUGAAAAUCAAACACAAGGUGGGAACCCAAAGAAACUAUUGAGGUUAUUUGGGGUGAACCUCGAGUGCGACCCAUCCACCCACCCACCACUUUUACUCUUCAAACAACCUGCAAAAGUUCAGACGGGUAAUGAUGAAGUCCAAAAAAGGCAGAUCGUUAAUUAAAUUCCAAGUCAAACAGAAAUUGUAGGCAAUAAUGAAAGACGGCCUCCAAAAUUAUUGAUUUUUGGGUCCACACUCGUAAUAGUUAGGCUCAUGUUCGACAGCAUUUUUGGCAUUCAGUGAUUACAAUGUAAUUUGUGAUUGUAACAAGACAUGGGUUUCCCCAGAGAUUUGAAGCAGAUGGAAAAUCGAAGAGGAUAAAGAUUUCAAGAUGUUGACAUGCAUGGCAUGGGGUUCACUUAUUGCCUGUAAUGGUGUCUCUAUGUACCCACAUGUGUUGCAGAAAGUUUUAGAAAAAGAUUACAUUCUCAUGCUUGUUGCAGACCGCAUGGUCAAAGUUAAAACCUUCAAAUUUCUAUUAAAGUGGUCCCUCAA